GUGCGUAUUGAUCUGUUGCACUUGGAUCAUAAUCAUGAAUUUUUUAAAAAGGAUACCGAAAAGAAUCAAUUACAAUGCAACAAGACGCAUGAUCCUGAAUACAUGGAGUUCAUAAGUUCAAUGCAAGAGAGUCGAAUCCCGCAACAUUGUAUUAUGGAUUAUGUAUCAGAAAUGCACGGUGGUCCUGAGAGUGUGCCUGUAACAGCACAGGACAUGUAUAACCUGAAAAAGGCAAAGCAACGAGAAAGAAAUGCAAAUGAUGUGGCAAAGCUACUAUCCUUUUUUGCAUCCUGCAAAAAGGAUAAUCCACAAUUUUUCUCUGACUUCCAAUUGGAUAAAGAAGGCAAGAUUUUAAGCAUAUUUUGGUCACAUGCAAGCCAGCAAGGGGAUUACAUUGAUUUUGGUGAUGCGGUUACAUUUGACACAACACAUAAGACUAAUCUGUAUGAAAAACCACUAGGUAUGUUUGUUGGUUCAAAUCACCACCUACAUUGCACUAUAUUUGCUUUCGCAUUGUUGGGGGAUGAAACUGUUGAUACAUUUGAAUGGGUAUUCAACGCCUUCAAAACAUGCAUGGGAACCGAAGGUCCACGAGUGAUGCUGACAGGUAUGACUGAUAAUAAUGAAUUAAAUAUCAAGAUCCUGCAAUGCCAGUAG